AUGACUUCUCGCACAUAUCUUGCCUUCCAACAUGACGCAAGUCUUCAUAAUCUGAAGACCAUUGUGACAGCGGUUUACCGUUUCAGCACACUCGACGAAUCCAGCCAGCAACUCUUCAAGGAUGCCGACGAUUGCCAUGUCGUUGUGACCGAGAAGACCAUCUUCCAUCCCCAAGGAGGCGGUCAACCCUCCGACAUAGGUGUGCUGAAAGGCUCUGCUAGUACUUUCACUGUCACCGCGGUUCGUAUGGAUGCCAAUGGACAAGUGCUUCACCUCGGUGUUUUCGAGGAUCCAUCUACGAUUUUCAAGAAUGGAGAACCAGUCGAACAGGCAAUUGAUGCAGAGAAGCGUCUGCUUUACUCUCGCCUCCACACUGCAGGCCAUGUACUCGGCUCCGCAGUCCGGCAUCUGCUGGAGAAGGAGAUCGAGAACUUUGAUGAAUUGAAGGCCUCUCAUUUCCCAGACUCAGCAUCAUGUGAAUUCAAAGGCUCAAUUGAGGGGAAAUGGAAGGAUCCUAUCCAGCAGAAGCUAGACGAGUUCCUCGUUGCCAAGAUGCCCGUUCAGAUUGAGUGGUGGGAUGAAGAAGAUUUCCGUUCCCGAGGACUGGAGCGGAUGAUCCCAGAUCGCAGUCUGGUCCCGGCCGGUGAAAAGUCUCGUGUGGUUAAUAUUGUUGGUGCUGAAGUCUAUCCUUGUGGAGGUACGCAUGUCGAUACUACGGAUCUGUGUGGGCCUGUGACUGUGAAGAAGAUAGCGAGGAAGACUGGUAACUCGCGAGUCAGCUAUGCGGUAAAAUAA